CUGGGCGGCGCGGCGGGAGCGCGCGGGUGCUGCCGCGGGCCGUCCUCGCCCUGCGCUGCGCGCUCACCAUGGCGGGCCCGGCGCCCGGGUGGCGGCUGCGGCCGCUGGCAGCGCUGGUCCUGGUCCUGGCGCUGGCCCCGGGGCUGCCCGCAGCCCAGGCCGGGCAGGCGCCGCGCCCCGCCGAGCGGGGGCCCCCGGUGCGGCUCUUCACCGAGGAAGAGCUGGCCCGCUACAGCGGGGAGGAGGAAGAUCAGCCCAUCUACCUGGCAGUGAAGGGGGUGGUAUUUGACGUCACUUCCGGAAAGGAGUUUUAUGGACGAGGAGCGCCCUACAAUGCCUUGACUGGGAAAGACUCCACCAGAGGGGUGGCCAAGAUGUCCCUGGAUCCUGCAGACCUCACCCAUGAUACCACGGGUCUCACAGCCAAGGAGCUGGAAUCCCUGGAUGAUGUGUUCACCAGGGUGUAUAAGGCCAAAUACCCCAUCGUUGGCUACACAGCCCGGAGAAUUCUCAACGAGGACGGUAGCCCCAACCUGGACUUCAAGCCUGAAGAUCAGCCCCAUUUUGACAUAAAGGACGAGUUCUGAUGGUCCACCUGCUGAAGGAAGUUCUUGGGAGAGUGAGCUGGGGAACCAGUGCUCCCCAAAGCCUCUGAGUCACCUGGAUCUAAAUAAAGCUGAAAUGAUCCUGGAAGAAUGAAUGCUUGUUAUUGUCCUUGGUCAAGUGUUGCCUGCCUGGUAUUCCUGCCUACACAUCAGCGAGGGUGCUAAUAAUAGCCCUAGUGGGAGACCUCCUGCAUGUCAACAUUGGCCUUCUUGACAGUGACUGAGAGGUGACCUUCAUUUCUUUAUACUUUUCUAUACUUGCCAAGUUUUCUUCUGUGAUCAUAUUUACUUUAUAAUAAGAGAAAAAAUAAACUUCCUGUUGGAAAAGGA